CGCCUAGUUCUUUAUAUAUAAGCAGUGUGUUACAUCCUAACAUGAUUGUGUUACAUACUUAUGCUUACUAGUGCGAACAAGAGUAGUAUAUUGUGUCAUAUCGUUGGGAGAAAUAAAAAGACAUUGACAUUCAAGCAUCAGAGAUUUGGAAUAGACGAAAAAUCUGACGUUGACAAAAAUACAGAAGACAAGCGAAGUAGAGAUACUAACUGAAGUGAAAAGUUUUAAUAAAAAACUGUAGCAGUUUUCCUCAUAACGAUUAUUAUUGAAAUUUGAGAUAAUCAAUAACUUAGCCAUAGUAUCAACAUGCAAUAUAACCCCACUGAGUAAGUAGUCUACAAGUUGACAUAUUACAGCAUUGGAUAACAAAGACAAGUUAGA